AUGGUCUUCGAUGCGCAAGAGCUUCCCGAUGACUCUCCGAGUCUAAUUAAAGAUUCGUCUGGAUCAAGAUGGACUCCCCUAUUUCUGAAGAGCUGUGAGUUCGAUUCGCAAAUCUUUUUCAAAGUCAUGAUGAAUUUGAUUCGCAAUCCGAAUAUCAAUUCCAGUUGGCUGUUCCGGGCCGAUAUCUUGGUAGAGCGGGAUCUACGUAAAAAAGAUGAGACUACUGACCCCGCGGUCACACGGCCAAGCAUUAUCUACUUUGAAGAUAUGCACCUUGAUAAAGCCCUGGUACGGAAGCUUGUUCCUAGAAAUACUCGAAGAGAUGAGCCUCUAGACCAAACGUGUCUAAUUUAUCAUGGCACUGGACCGGGGAAUAUGGAAAGGUCCAUGGUUGUUUACAAACCCCACGUCUCAUCUCCUGAUGACAUGCCAUUCUAUCAUCCUAAAGUGCAAGGCAUAGCAUUUCUCCACGAAUGGAGCCCCGAAGACAAUAAGGGUUCCGUGUCUAUCCAUUACCAUUUCUUUAACGAUGGAGAUCGUUCGCCAAAGUUGGUGGGGACAGCCUCUAAUCUCCUGUCAGUGCUCCAUAAGCAUGGCGAAGGAACUAAAAAGGGGUACACUAAGCGGGUUCAUCACGACACUAUCGUCCCCCAGAUCUCUGUGCAGAAUACAUAUACUAGGUUAAAGCAGAGUUAUGCUCGCCAGCUUAUUGAAACCUGGGCCGAGGUAACAGACCCGUCUAAGCACGUGUUUGAAGACUUGGCCAUUGCGGCGUUUCUUAUCGAGCUGUGGGCUCAGAUGUAUAAAGACUCCCCUUUCCCUGGAUUUGUCGAUAUUGGCUGCGGUAACGGGCUGCUCGUGUACCUCCUUCGAAAAGAAGGAUAUUCAGGUUGGGGAUUUGACGCGCGGAAACGGAAAUCAUGGGAACAGUAUUCCGAAACGAUUAGUGAUGAGCCGGAGGAUCGAGAGAGUCUCCGGCAGCAUGUCCUACUUCCUUCUGUGAUCAACCACCCUCUAAACAGGAAGGAUACGAGUAGUGUGACCGUCUAUGAUGUAGAUAGCACUGAUCUUAUACACGACGGUUUAUUUCCUGAAGGCACGUUUAUCAUAUCUAAUCAUGCAGACGAGUUGACACCGUGGACACCGAUACUUGCUGCUAUAUCAAAUUGUCCGUUCAUCAUGAUACCGUGCUGCAGUCACGAUCUUACCGGUGCAAGAUUCCGGGCUCCCGCGCCGAAAACGCAAGGGAAAUCGCCGUCGGCGUAUUCCUCACUCGUCGAAUGGAUAAAAAGCAUAGCAAGGGACUGUGGGUGGGAGAUAGAAACCGAGAUGCUUAGGAUACCAAGCACAAGAAACACGGGUUUGAUCGGUAGAAAAAGGAGUUCAUCCUCCUCAGCGGUAGAUAUCCAAGAGGUUAUAGUUAAAUAUGGCGGUACGGAAGGGUAUGCGGAUAACGUGAUGAAGCUGAUAGAGAGCAAGCCGAGGGGACAUUAG